UCGAUCAAUUCAAUCAAUUUUUUUGCAGUUAUUUUCUCACGCUUUUUCCUUGUUCUCAAGACAAAAAUUGAAUAAACAAAAAAAAUUAUGGAACUCAAAAUACCGUUUCAUAUGCAACAUUCGGCGUUGUUGUAGAUCUAUCUGACAUCAUUCUUCUCUACCCAAAUCUUCAACUUUCACCAUUAUCUUUGAUUUGUUCCCCAAAGUGUACUGUUAGUAAAGCAACUGUUUCGCAGAUUUACUCUGAACAAACACUCGAAAUUUUGUUUUAGUUAGUAGUCGCCGGAAAAUGAGGAGGAGGAACUCGGAUUUCCGGCGGCCGGUAAGGCGGCGAUUCUCCAAUGUGUUUUGGUUAACUGUGUGUGGAUUGGCUAUAUUGCUGCUCAUCAUUUUGCUCAGCAGAGAAACUCGCGAUUCAUCGUCUAGAUUGGUUUAUACUAAGAGGCCAUAUAGACAUGAUAGAAGUGGGGAUGGUCUCAACAUCACUGAAGAAAUGCUGAGGCCGGAAUCAAUGGCACGACAACUUAAUGAUCAGAUUUCUCUCGCUAAGGCAAUUGUCGUAAUUGCAAAAGAAAGCAACAACCUUCAAUUUGCAUGGGAACUAAGCGCUCAAAUCCGCAACUCACAGAUGCUUCUUUCUAAUGCUGCAUCAAGAAGAAGUCCCUUGACGAACAGAGAAUCAGAAAAUGCAAUUCGAGAUAUGGCACUUCUGCUUUACCAAGCCCAGCAAUUUCACUAUGACAGUGCAACCAUGUUUAUGAGACUGAAAGCUAAAAUCCAAAGCCUUGAAGAACAGAUGAACUCCUUCAGUGAGAAGAGUUCAAAAUAUGGACAAAUAGCUGCUGAAGAAGUCCCUAAAAGUCUGUACUGCCUUGGUGUCCGGUUAACAGCUGAAUGGUUCAGAAGUUCAAAUUUGGAGAGAAAACUCAAGGAAGAAAAGCAAGUAGCUGCCAAACUUGUGGACACCGGUCUGUAUCAUUUCUGUGUAUUUUCUGACAACAUCCUUGCAACUUCAGUUGUGGUGAAUUCAACAGCUAUGAAUUCCAAGAAUCCUGAUAUGGUCGUCUUCCACCUUGUAACUGACGAGGUGAACUACGCUGCAAUGAAGGCAUGGUUCACCAUGAACAGUUUCCGAGGAGUGACUGUUGAUGUACAGAAGUUUGAAGACUUUAGUUGGUUAAAUGCUUCAUAUGUACCUGUUCUCAAACAACUUCAAGACUCUGACACCCAGAACUACUACUUCUCUGGCAACCAUGAUAACAGCCGAACUCCGAUCAAGUUCAGAAACCCUAAAUAUCUAUCUAUGCUUAACCAUCUGAGGUUCUAUAUUCCAGAAGUUUUUCCUGCACUGAAGAAGGUUGUAUUUCUUGAUGAUGAUGUUGUAGUGCAGAAGGAUCUUUCAGCUCUGUUCUCCAUAGACAUGAAUGGCAAUGUAAAUGGUGCAGUGGAGACUUGCAUGGAGACAUUUCAUAGAUAUCACAAGUACCUAAAUUAUUCUCACCCACUUAUACGUCAACAUUUUGAUCCUGAUGCAUGUGGGUGGGCCUUCGGGAUGAAUGUUUUCGAUUUGGUUGAGUGGCGAAAAAGGAAUGUUACUGGCAUAUAUCAUUACUGGCAGGAAAAGAAUGUCGACCGCACUUUGUGGAAGCUUGGCACACUACCACCUGGACUGCUGACCUUCUAUGGAUUGACAGAGGCUUUGAAUCCUUCAUGGCAUGUCUUAGGUUUGGGUUACACGAAUGUCGAUUCCAAAUUGAUAGAAAAGGGGGCUGUGCUGCAUUACAAUGGUAACUCAAAACCCUGGUUGAAGAUUGGUAUCGAAAAGUACAAACCUCUUUGGGAAAAAUAUGUUGAUUAUGGUCAUCCUUUAUUACAACUUUGCAACUUUCACUAAAUUGGGAUUAUUGAUUUAUCGUAGUUCUAAUAGAAGUGGUGGUCAUUGAUAAAUUUAUCGUUCUGGAAAUCCGUAAGGGACUCUGUGAGAUCGGAAGGUCUUAACUAUUGUAAUCUCUGUAUUUAAACAGUUUUCCAGUUUAUUGUAGUAUAGACUUAAAGCAUCAAGGCAUCAAAAUUGUCAUCUUCUCUUGUUAUAUGAUUCUAUUAGUCAUAAUGGAUAUAAUUUUGUGCUGUUGUAUGA